AUGGAGCGAUAUAUUGAAGGGCUUAGCUUGCAUCACUGGCCCAGGCGCCAAAAGGAAGCGGUCCCCGUUAAGCAUGUCGCGCAAAGGCACAGGGGUGCCAAGGAAAGUGGGAGGCGGUCGGGACGCGACAGGGAGGCCAGGAAAGGGGGGCGUGUAGACGUUCUGCAGCGCCGGGAUGAGGGCAGCUCCCAGCAGCCAGGGUGGUGGGCCAGGACGGGCGAGAUCGACAACAAUGUCACCGACGAUUGCCAGGGCCCGAGAGCGACGAAAAAUGAUAUUUGA